AGCGGAAGCUCUUGGGAACACCAGUUCCGUCUGUGUGUUCGAGUGGACAAAAUGGCGAAGAUCGCCAAGACUCACGAAGAUAUUGAAGCACAGAUUCGAGAAAUUCAAGGCAAGAAGGCAGCUCUAGAUGAAGCUCAAGGAGUGGGCCUUGAUUCUACAGGUUAUUAUGACCAGGAAAUUUAUGGUGGAAGUGACAGCAGAUUUGCUGGAUAUGUGACAUCAAUUGCUGCAACUGAACUUGAAGACGAUGACGAUGACUACUCAUCAUCUACAAGUUUGCUUGGUCAGAAGAAGCCAGGGUAUCAUGCCCCUGUGGCAUUGCUUAAUGAUAUACCACAGUCAACAGAACAGUAUGAUCCAUUUGCUGAGCACCGACCUCCGAAGAUUGCAGACCGGGAAGAUGAAUACAAAAAGCACAGGCGGACCAUGAUAAUUUCUCCAGAGCGUCUUGAUCCUUUUGCAGAUGGAGGGAAGACCCCUGAUCCUAAAAUGAAUGCUAGGACUUACAUGGAUGUAAUGCGAGAACAGCAUUUGACUAAAGAAGAACGAGAGAUUAGGCAACAACUAGCAGAAAAAGCUAAAGCUGGAGAACUAAAAGUCGUCAAUGGAGCAGCAGCAUCCCAGCCUCCGUCAAAACGAAAACGGCGUUGGGAUCAAACAGCUGAUCAGACUCCUGGUGCCACUCCUAAAAAGUUAUCAAGUUGGGAUCAGGCAGAGACCCCUGGGCAUACGCCUUCGUUAAGAUGGGAUGAGACACCGGGUCGUGCAAAGGGAAGCGAGACUCCUGGAGCAACCCCAGGCUCCAAAAUAUGGGAUCCUACACCUAGCCACACACCAGCGGGAGCUGCUACUCCUGGACGCGGCGAUACACCAGGCCAUGCAACACCAGGCCAUGGGGGUGCAACUUCCAGUGCUCGUAAAAACAGAUGGGAUGAGACACCCAAAACAGAGAGAGAUACUCCUGGGCAUGGAAGUGGAUGGGCUGAGACUCCUAGAACAGAUAGAGGUGGAGAUUCAAUUGGUGAAACACCGACUCCUGGAGCCAGUAAAAGAAAAUCACGUUGGGAUGAAACACCAGCUAGUCAGAUGGGUGGAAGCACUCCUGUUCUGACCCCCGGAAAAACACCAAUUGGCACACCAGCCAUGAACAUGGCCACCCCCACUCCAGGUCACAUAAUGAGUAUGACUCCUGAACAGCUUCAGGCUUGGCGAUGGGAAAGAGAAAUUGAUGAGAGAAAUCGCCCACUUUCUGAUGAAGAAUUGGAUGCUAUGUUCCCAGAAGGAUAUAAGGUACUUCCCCCUCCAGCUGGUUAUGUUCCUAUUCGAACUCCAGCUAGAAAGCUGACAGCAACUCCAACACCUUUGGGUGGUAUGACUGGUUUCCACAUGCAAACUGAAGACAGAACUAUGAAAAGUGUUAAUGACCAGCCAUCUGGAAAUCUUCCAUUUUUAAAACCAGAUGAUAUUCAGUACUUUGAUAAACUACUGGUUGAUGUUGAUGAAUCAACACUUAGUCCAGAAGAGCAAAAAGAGAGAAAAAUAAUGAAGUUGCUUUUAAAAAUUAAGAAUGGCACACCUCCAAUGAGAAAGGCUGCAUUGCGUCAAAUUACUGAUAAAGCUCGUGAGUUUGGAGCUGGUCCUUUGUUUAAUCAGAUUCUUCCUCUACUGAUGUCUCCUACACUUGAGGAUCAAGAACGUCAUUUACUUGUGAAAGUUAUUGAUAGAAUAUUAUACAAACUUGAUGACUUGGUUCGACCAUAUGUGCACAAGAUCCUUGUGGUCAUUGAACCACUAUUGAUUGAUGAAGAUUACUAUGCUAGAGUGGAAGGCCGAGAGAUUAUUUCUAAUUUGGCAAAGGCUGCUGGUCUGGCUACCAUGAUCUCUACCAUGAGACCUGAUAUAGAUAACAUGGAUGAGUACGUCCGUAACACAACAGCUAGAGCUUUUGCUGUUGUAGCCUCUGCCCUGGGCAUUCCUUCUUUAUUGCCCUUUUUAAAAGCUGUGUGCAAAAGCAAGAAGUCCUGGCAAGCAAGACACACUGGUAUCAAGAUUGUACAGCAGAUAGCUAUUCUUAUGGGCUGUGCCAUCCUGCCACAUCUCAGAAGCUUAGUUGAAAUCAUUGAACAUGGUCUCGUGGAUGAGCAGCAGAAAGUUCGGACCAUCAGUGCUUUGGCCAUUGCUGCCUUGGCUGAAGCAGCAACUCCUUAUGGUAUCGAGUCUUUUGAUUCUGUGUUAAAGCCUCUGUGGAAGGGUAUUCGCCAACACAGAGGAAAGGGUUUGGCUGCUUUCUUGAAGGCUAUUGGGUAUCUUAUUCCUCUCAUGGAUGCAGAGUAUGCCAACUACUAUACUAGAGAAGUGAUGUUAAUCCUUAUUCGAGAAUUCCAAUCUCCUGAUGAAGAGAUGAAGAAAAUUGUGCUGAAGGUGGUGAAACAAUGUUGUGGAACAGAUGGUGUAGAAGCAAACUACAUUAAAACAGAGAUUCUUCCUCCUUUUUUUAAACACUUCUGGCAGCACAGAAUGGCUUUGGAUCGAAGAAAUUACCGACAGUUAGUUGAUACUACUGUGGAGUUGGCAAACAAAGUAGGUGCAGCAGAAAUCAUAUCUAGGAUUGUGGAUGAUCUGAAAGAUGAAGCUGAACAGUACAGAAAAAUGGUGAUGGAGACAAUUGAGAAAAUUAUGGGCAACUUGGGAGCAGCAGAUAUUGAUCAUAAACUUGAAGAACAACUAAUUGAUGGUAUUCUCUAUGCUUUCCAAGAACAGACUACAGAGGACUCAGUAAUGUUGAAUGGCUUUGGCACGGUGGUUAAUGCUCUUGGCAAACGAGUCAAACCAUACUUGCCUCAGAUCUGUGGUACAGUUUUGUGGCGUUUAAAUAACAAAUCAGCAAAAGUUAGGCAACAGGCAGCUGACUUGAUUUCUCGAACUGCUGUUGUCAUGAAGACUUGUCAAGAGGAAAAAUUGAUGGGGCAUUUGGGUGUUGUGUUGUAUGAGUAUUUGGGUGAAGAGUACCCUGAAGUAUUGGGCAGCAUUCUUGGAGCACUGAAGGCCAUUGUAAAUGUAAUAGGUAUGCAUAAGAUGACCCCACCAAUUAAAGAUCUGCUGCCUAGACUUACCCCCAUCUUAAAGAACAGGCAUGAAAAGGUACAAGAGAAUUGUAUUGAUCUUGUUGGACGUAUUGCUGACAGGGGAGCUGAAUAUGUAUCUGCAAGAGAAUGGAUGAGGAUUUGCUUUGAACUUUUAGAGCUCUUAAAAGCUCACAAAAAAGCCAUUCGUAGAGCCACAGUCAACACAUUUGGUUAUAUUGCAAAGGCCAUUGGCCCUCAUGAUGUAUUGGCUACACUUUUAAACAACCUCAAAGUUCAGGAAAGGCAGAACAGAGUUUGUACCACUGUAGCAAUAGCUAUUGUUGCUGAAACGUGUUCACCCUUCACGGUACUCCCUGCCUUAAUGAAUGAAUACAGAGUUCCUGAACUGAAUGUUCAAAAUGGAGUGUUAAAAUCACUUUCCUUCUUGUUUGAGUAUAUUGGUGAAAUGGGAAAGGACUACAUUUAUGCUGUAACACCAUUACUUGAAGAUGCUUUAAUGGAUAGGGACCUUGUACACAGACAGACAGCUAGUGCGGUGGUACAACACAUGUCACUUGGUGUUUAUGGAUUUGGUUGUGAAGAUUCGCUGAAUCACUUGUUGAACUAUGUAUGGCCCAAUGUAUUUGAGACAUCUCCCCAUGUAAUUCAGGCAGUUAUGGGAGCUCUAGAAGGCCUGAGAGUUGCUAUUGGACCAUGUAGAAUGUUGCAGUAUUGUUUACAGGGUCUGUUUCACCCAGCCCGGAAAGUCAGAGAUGUGUAUUGGAAAAUUUACAACUCCAUUUACAUUGGUUCACAGGAUGCUCUCAUAGCACAUUACCCAAGAAUCUACAAUGAUGAUAAGAACACCUAUAUUCGUUAUGAACUUGACUAUAUCUUAUAAUUUUAUUGUUUAUUUUGUGUUUAAUGCACAGCUGUUUUCACACUUUAAACUUGCUUCGAUUUGGUGAUGUAAACUUUUAAACAUUGCAGAUCAGUAUCGAACUGGUCAUAGAGGAAGAGCUAGAAAUCCAAUAGCAUGAUUUUUAAAUAACCUGUCUUUGUUUUUGAUGUUAAACAGUAAACGCCAGUAGUGACCAAGAACACAGUGAUUAUACACGCUAUACUGGAGGGAUUUCAUUUUUAAUUCAUCUUUAUGAAGAUUUAGAAUUCAUUCCUUGUGUUUAAAGGGAAUGUUUAAUUGAGAAAUAAACAUUUGUGUACAAAAUGCUAAUUUGUGUGUGUUUUUUGAACAUGACUUGUAAAAUGCGGAACUUUGAUAAAGUAUUGGUUUGUGUAGAAUAAAUGGCUUAAUUUCCUUUUCUGUCACCUGGUUUAUAGAGAGUAGUUAGCAGAAUAUAAACUAUAUAUAAAGUGAUGGCAUCUUUGUCAAAAUUCCAUUGUUCUGUUGAUAAUGACAGUGAGAAGAGCAGCUUUGGGGGUGUGUUCCCCUCAAACUAGCACAACAAUUCCAUCACCAUAGAAAAAUAGCACCUUUGCUGAACUGUCUUGAAUAAUUUUGUACUUACAUAGCGCCUUUCAUCUCCUGAUUUCUCAAAAUGCUUUACGAACAUUUUUAAAGGAGGUGAUUUAAAUCAUGUCCAACUCUUGACAGGUCUGUGUUUAGAAAGUGGGGAAGGUAUCUUUACUUCAGAACUGCUUUCUGCCUAUUGGGAGUGAGGCUACCUAUGUAAUGUUUAACAAAGUAAGACAAUCUUUGGGCUCUUUCCCGUGUCAUAAGCCACUACUCAACAGUGUCUUUAGUAAACACCUGUUGUAUGCCAGCCACUGUGUUUAGAUGAAGGGGAUGCAAAGGUGCCAAUGACCUGCCUUUACCCCUAAGAACUACAGUAUAAUAGAAAGGGGGGAGACAUAUCUCAUUACAUAUUCCUUGUGUACUGUGAUACUACGCAGUGGCAGCAGCUAAAAUGUCUAAAUUUGCUUCAUUUUGUUUUUAGUAAUUAGGUAAUAAGUUGAUGUGUCCAGCAUAAACUGAAAUACUGUUUAAUUCUAAAACCAUCAAGCAUUAAGGCAGCACUUAUUUUUUGGCUAAUAUUUUAUUUUCAGCUUUAUUUUAUAUCCCCAAAUUUCUUAGUUUUAGUCCUUUUACUACUCACAGCUGUUUUGUUUUUUCUGCCAAUGUUAGGGAAAAGAAAUUCUGCAAGCAGUGUUAGCAUAUGGUGACUUUGUUAUAGUAAGUAAAACUGUUAUAAUAUGGGGACGAGGUUUUGUUAGCACUUAGGUCUCCCUCCUCUUAGAUGAGAAAUAGCUUGUAAUUGGCUGACAUUUACAAAAUUGAUAUUGAGCAUUAAAUGAGUUUCCUAGCAGAAUCUGCAACUCUUUAUUGUUCACAACUUUUUGACAGCAUAUAGUGUCUGUGUAGUAGAGUCAAAAAAUUCCAAACCAUAUUUCUGUUCUUAGAAGUUUUCUAGCGGGAACCCUCAUGCAACUUUAAAUCUUGUUGUUCUUUACAGUUGAUGUCAAAUGACCUUCCGUGAUUACUAAUGAGAAUUGUGUUCAAUUAGAUUUCAAAGCCAGAAUUUGACUGUAAAUCAGUCUUGGGAAAAUUUAACUAUAUUGUCAACUCAAGUACUUACAUGGCUUUGUUUUGCUUGGGUUCUUGCUAUUUAUGGAAAAUAUGUUUUGUGGUGGCAGUAUGGAACAAAGGAAACUACUAUACCUUAAGUGACUUCUUACUAAUGCAAACAAUUUGAAGAUAAGGGAAAUACUGAAGGCUCUGGACUUAAAAAUUGGGACCAAAUAGAGGCUCAUAGAUGUUUGGAUUAUUAUAUGUGCUUAUUAUUGAAUAAGGAAAGCAUUUUGUGAUAUUACUAUGUGAAAGACGCUAUGUGAAGUUUUAACUAUCUUCUUAAGAUUAAAGACUUUCUUUCGCAAUUUCUUUUGGUGUUUCUUAAAGCCAAACGUAAGCAAGAAGAAAUUAAUGUUCUUAAAGGGAUAGAGGGUGGGUUUUUCUGUGAGCUUUUGUUGGUUUUUCUGUGGGCCAUUGCCCUCUAAUGGAAUUGAUCUCUUUGGCUGUUUGAUUUUUUUUCAUAUUGUAUUUUUAAAAUUUGUUGUACGGUGCCCUGUGAGCAUCAAGUACCACCAGAUGAAUAAAACUUAUUAUAUCUAAA